AUGGAGGUAACCGAUGGGGAUCGGCCGCCAGGCGAAGCCGAAGAGGACAAUGGGGAUUGGCCGGAUGAAGAAGAGUGGGGAGACUCUGAACAGGCUUGUGAUGAUUACAUAUCAGACCUAUCCUAUGAAGAGAGCCCGAAUGGCACGAUCUACUUCGAUGAGAGAAACGAAGCCAAGUUCGAGGCAGAUAAAAUCGCGAUGGCGGUUGAAGAGCAGAUGCGCAACAAAGAGGCGGAGGCUUGGGAAGCAAGCAAGAAAGCGCUCAGCAAAGAGGGCAAAAUCGACCGCGACGACUUCGAUGAGAACGACGAGGAAGCAGAUUUCGAAGCCACUGGUCGUGAACCGGCUGGAACGGAAAAGGUGCGUGGCAAUCGAUCUUUGGUUACUGCAGACCCCUGGACUACUGGAUUGGAAGGUGAUAUCGGCGACGGCGAUGAUAUCAAAGCGAUUGCUUUCCGCGCGUGUGUGACGGGAGAACAUGUCGCCUUGAACCCAGCCCGCCAGCGACUUCUGGUUGCUAGCUGCACGGAGGCCAAGAGAAACAAGUCCAAAGGCAAAGCGAAGGCAACCAGCAAGGCGGAUCCGAAGCCUCCAAAGAAAAAGAAUAAGCAGUCGCGAUAUGGUAUCGCCAAAGAUGCUUUCAUGAAGCUCAAGGAGAAGAAGCCGGAUCUGACAUGGGAUGAACGAAAGGACAGGUGGUGGAAUUCCCAUGCUCGUGAGAACGUCCUCGCAACCUUUUCCAGCUCGGAGCUUUCGCGCCGCUUCGGCGAGAUUGAGGCUGAGGAUGCCAUCCACGUGGCCGAGGUCUUUGCUCUCAUCCGACGAUCUCGGGCACGUUGCGUAAUGGUGUCCUUGGGGGCAUAUGGAGGGCCCUGCAUCAAGCAGGUCAUGCUGGUUGGCACGGCCCCUUGGCUUGGUCGCUUGGGGCGCCCUAUGACUCCGAUAGCGAGGGAACGAAUCCGACGAGUGAAGUCCUUCCUGAAGUUCGAAAGCCAUCGGCACUACGUGGACUUCCGUGGGAAAGUGCGAUCCGUGGGCCGCAAAGAUCUGAAGAAGACGCAAGAGUAUCCCGCUGCCUUCGGGAUCAAGGUGGGCGAAGCAAUCAAGAACUACCUGGAUGCCUUGCCGCCAAAUGAAAAGGCCCUGCUGCCAGAUGGCGGUGCAUCAUACCAGGACAUCCGUGACGGUGGAGACUCCUCAGAUAGUGGAUUGGAAGACAUUUUGAUGAGUCAGGGCUGA